AUGCGGGUGGAGGUGAUCCUGGAGCACAGGCCUGUAGGAGGAGGGAACCCAGGGGUUCUAGCUUCUGGAGAUGUGGAUGAGUGCCGGGUGCACAACGGCGGGUGGCCGCCCAAGGAUGUGGAUGAGUGCCGGGUGCACAACGGCGGCUGCCAGCACAGGUGUGUGGACACCCCAGGCUCCUACCUCUGCGAAUGCAAGCCCGGCUUCCGGCUCCACACGGACGGCAGGACCUGCCUGGCUAUCAACUCCUGCACCGUGGGCAAUGGUGGCUGCCAGCAUCACUGUGUUCAGCUCACGGCAACUCGGCACCGCUGCCAGUGCCGGCCUGAGUUCCAGCUCCAGGAGGACGGCAGGCGCUGCGUCCGGAGAAGCCCAUGUGCCGAUGGGAAUGGUGGCUGCAUGCACAUUUGCCAAGCACUCCGAGGCCUGGCCCACUGUGAGUGUCAUGCAGGCUACCGGCUGGCUGCAGACCACAAGGCCUGUGAAGAUGUAGAUGAAUGUGUCACGGGACUGGCCCAGUGUGCGCAUGGCUGCCUCAACACCCGAGGAUCCUUUAAGUGUGUUUGCCACGCAGGCUAUGAGCUGGGUGCUGAUGGCCGGCAGUGCUACCGGAUUGAGAUGGAGAUUGUGAACAGCUGCGAGGCCAACAAUGGUGGCUGCUCCCAUGGCUGCAGCCACACCAGCACAGGGCCCCUCUGCACCUGUCCCCGUGGCUACGAGCUGGACAAGGACCAGAAGACCUGCACUGAUGUCAACGACUGUGCCAAUUCCCCGUGCUGCCAGCAGGUGUGCACCAACAACCCCGGUGGGUACGAGUGUGGCUGCUAUGCUGGCUACCGGCUGAGCACCGAUGGCUGCAGCUGUGAGGAUGUGGAUGAGUGCGCCUCCAGCCGUGGUGGCUGUGAGCACCAUUGCACCAACCUGGCUGGCUCCUUCCAGUGCUCUUGCGAGGCAGGCUACCGGCUGGAUGAGGACCGCAGGGGCUGCUCCUCCCUGGAGGAGCCCCCAGUGGACCUGGAUGACCAGCUGCCCUUCGUGCGGCCCUUGCCCCACAUCGCGGUGCUCCGGGAUGAGCUGCCGCAGCUCUUCCAGGACGACUACAUCGGGGCUGAUGAGGAGGAGGCGGAGCUACGGGGUGAACACACGCUCACAGAGAAGUUUGUAUGUCUGGGUGACUCCUUCGGCCACGACUGCAGCUUGACCUGUGAUGACUGCAGGAAUGGAGGGACCUGCGUCCCAGGCCUGGAUGGCUGCGACUGCCCCGAAGGCUGGACCGGGAUCAUCUGCAAUGAGACUUGUCCUCCAGACACCUUUGGGAAGAACUGCAGCUUCCCUUGUAGCUGUCAGAAUGGUGGGACUUGCGACCCUGCCACAGGCGCCUGCCGCUGCCCUCCAGGUGUCAGCGGAGCCCACUGUGAGGAUGGCUGCCCCAAGGGCUUCUAUGGCAAGCAGUGUCGCAAGAAGUGUCACUGUGCCAACCGAGGUCGCUGCCACCGCCUCUACGGGGCCUGCCUCUGUGACCCAGGGCUGUAUGGCCGCUUCUGCCACCUUGCGUGCCCGCCCUGGGCCUUUGGGCCAGGCUGCUCGGAGGAGUGCCAGUGUGAGCAGAGCAAUACACGGUCCUGUGACAAGAGGGAUGGCAGCUGCUCCUGCAAGGCUGGCUUCCAGGGCGAGCGGUGCCAGGCAGAGUGCGAGCCCGGCUUCUUUGGGCUGGGGUGCCGGCAGGUAUGCACCUGCCCCCCUGGUGUGGCCUGUGACCCCGUGAGUGGCCAGUGUCGGAAGCAGUGUCCUGCUGGCUUCCAGGGGCAGGACUGUGCCCAAGAGUGUCCAGCAGGGACAUUUGGUGUGAACUGCUCAGGCUCCUGCUCCUGUCAGGGGGCCCCCUGCCACCGAGUCACGGGUCAGUGCCUGUGUCCACCAGGGCGGACUGGGGAAGACUGUGGGGCAGAUUGUCCCGAGGGCCGCUGGGGGCUCGGCUGCCAGGAGAUCUGCCCCGCGUGUGAGCACGGUGCCAGCUGUAGUCCCGAGACCGGACUCCCCGGCAGCCGCUGCCAGGACACAUGCCCAGCAGGCUGGUUUGGGUCUGGCUGCCAGAUGAGAUGCUCUUGUGCCAAUGAUGGGCACUGCCACCCGGUCACUGGACGCUGCAGCUGUGCCCCUGGUUGGACUGGCCUCAGCUGCCAGAGAGCAUGUGACAGCGGGCACUGGGGUCCUGACUGCAGCCACCCCUGCAACUGCAGUGCAGGCCAUGGGAGCUGUGACCCUGUCAGCGGUCUGUGCCUGUGUGAGGCUGGCUACGUGGGCCCACAGUGCGAGCAGCGUUGUCUCCAGGGCCAGUACGGGCCCAGUUGUGAGCGACGAUGCCGGUGUGAGCAUGGAGCAGCCUGUGACCAUGUCAGUGGGGCCUGCACCUGCCCAGCUGGCUGGAGGGGAACCUUCUGUGAGCAUGCCUGCCCGGCCGGCUUCUUUGGGUUGGACUGCCGCAACGCCUGCAACUGCUCAGCUGGAGCCACCUGUGAUGCUGUGAGCGGCUCCUGCAUCUGCCCGGCAGGCCGCCAGGGCCCCCGCUGCACCCGGGCCUGCCCAGCCCUCACCUAUGGGCACAACUGCAGCCAAGCCUGCACCUGCUUUAAUGGGGCCUCCUGUGACCCUGUCCACGGGCAGUGCCACUGUGCCCCUGGCUGGACAGGACCCACCUGCCUACAGGCCUGCCCUGCCGGCCUGUAUGGUGAGAACUGUAGACAUUCCUGCCUCUGUCAGCAUGGAGGGACAUGUGAUCCUGUUUCAGGCCACUGCACUUGCCCUGAGGGCUGGGCCGGCCUGGCCUGUGAGAACGAAUGCCCCCCAGGACACUUCGGAGCUGGCUGCCGGCACAGCUGCCGCCGGCCCAACGGGGGCCUCUGUGACCGGCACACGGGCCGCUGCCUCUGCCUGGCCGGCUGGACAGGGGACCAGUGCCAGAGCCCCUGUGCUGAGGGCACGUUUGGGAUUCGCUGUGAGGAGCGCUGUGCCUGCCGGCGGGGAGCCACCUGUCACCACGUCACCGGGGCCUGCCUCUGCCCCCCAGGAUGGAGGGGUUCCAGGUGUGAGAAUGCCUGCCCACGUGGCUGGUAUGGAGAGGCCUGUGCCCAGCGCUGCCGCUGCCCUCCUGGUGCCGCCUGCUACCACGUCAGCGGGGAGUGUCGCUGUCCGCCUGGCCUCACUGGGCCUGGCUGUGAACAGACCUGUCGGCCUGGCACCUUUGGGGAGGAUUGUGGGCGAAUGUGCCAGUGUCCUGGAGAGAACCAGGCCUGCCAUGCUGCCACGGGGGCCUGCAUGUGCGCUGCCGGCUACCACGGCCCUGGCUGCCAGCAACGCUGUCCACCAGGACGGUAUGGGCCAGGCUGUGAGCAGUUGUGUGGGUGUCUCAACGGGGGCUCCUGCGACGUGGCCACAGGGGCUUGCCGCUGUCCUGCUGGGUUCCUUGGGGCCGACUGCAGCCUCGCCUGCCCACAGGGCCGCUCUGGCCCUGACUGUGCCCAUGUGUGUGAGUGCGGGCAGGGGAUAGCCUGCGACCCCGUGACCGGCACCUGCAUCUGCCCCCCAGGGCGAGCUGGCGUCCACUGUGAGCACAGCUGUCCCCAGAACCGGUUUGGUGCAGGCUGUGAGUUCGAGUGCUCCUGUAGAAACGGGGGCCUGUGUCACGCCGCCAACGGCACUUGCUCUUGUGGUCUCGGCUGGACAGGGCCACACUGCGAGCUGGCCUGCCCCCCUGGGCGCUAUGGGGCCGCCUGCCGCCUGGAGUGCUCCUGUCUCAACAAUAGCACCUGCGAGCCCACCACAGGCGCCUGCCGCUGUGGUCCUGGCUUCUACGGCCAAGCCUGCGAGCACUCCUGUCCCCCUGGCUUCCAUGGGGCUGGCUGCCAGAAGGCGUGUAGGUGUCAACAUAGAGCCCCCUGUGACCCCGUCAGUGGCCAGUGCCUCUGCCCCGCCGGCUUCCACGGCCAGUUCUGUGAGAGGGGGUGCGAGCCGGGUUCAUUCGGAGAGGGCUGCCGCCAGCAGUGUGGCUGUCGUGGUGGGACACCCUGUGACUCCAUCACCGGCCUCUGCCUUUGCCCACCAGGACGCACAGGAGCCAUGUGUGACCUGGUUUGCAGAGCGGGCCACUUCGGGCCCGGCUGUGCCCUGCGUUGUGACUGCGGGGGUGGGGCUGACUGUGACCCCAUCACUGGGCAGUGCCACUGUGUGGAUGGCUACAUGGGCCCUACAUGCCGGGAAGGUGGGCCCCCCCAGCUACCUGAGAGCCUGUCCCUAGCUCAGGACCCAGUGGCCAUACAAUCAGCCUCCAUCAGACCGGCAUCCAGACUCAGCAGCAGGGCAGCCAAGCAUUAGCUCAAAGCAGCUACCACGGAGGCCCCGCCUCCCCAGUUCCAGCUGGAGGAGACCCAGCUUUUGGUGACGACUGAGAAGGAACACCAUCGGCCUAGGAUUCCAGGCCACACCCUUCUCUCCGGAGGGCCCUGGACAGCUGUGCAACCUCUCACUCUGCAAGAGUCCUGUGGCCAUGAGGAGGGAGGCCUCAAGGAGAAAGGCCCUGCCUUACCUGGCUCUGUGGAUCCCAAGCCAGUGGACACGGGUUCAGGCCACACACUGCACUGGGCACGUGGCAGUGCCGAGGAAGCCCCGCCCCUCCUCACACCCCUGGGUUGGGACUGAGGGCAUCUGUAGGUGCAGGUGCAAAUAUGGGGCCCCUGCCCUGUGAGCAGGUUCUUCUGGUGCUAGGUCCUGGGACUGCUAUAGCUCAACUGACUGUUUACCUGGAAAUACAGCCCAGCCCGUAUUUAUAUAAAGGUAUUUAUGGGCAGCCUCACAAGCCCACUGCAGCCCUGGGGUCAGCUGGAAGCUGCCCUGUGGUCUCCUGCCCUUUCCCAGAGACUGAAGACUCAGGUCUGCAGGUCCCUGAGGGGCCUCUAGGCGUUGGGCUCAGGUACCAUGUAAAACUCAGUACGUUAAAGGAGCAGGCAGCUUCCAAAUGGA